AUGGGUGGACGGUGGAGAAAGACGAAGAAGGUGGUUGUUGAUAGAGAGUAUCGUGCGCGGAGGAGACGUUCAUAUGGGCUCUGGUUGAAGAAGAUAAAGUCUCUUCCUAAGUCUAAGAAGAAAGAGAUUAUCCGAAAAAGACAAGUUGCUCGUGAUAAGGUGACGGCUGAGCUUUGGCUUAAACUGUGGGAAACAGAUGGGUUCGAUAUGGGUGAACUGUGGGAUCAUCGCAAUUGGGGAAUGCAUGAAUUCGAAGUAGGGGAAGAUGAAAAUUUAGACAUUGUAGUGCAGCUUUAUGCAAAGCUCGGCCUUCACCGCUACAAUAUGUUAGAGGGGACCAAUUUGCAGCUUCACGAAAUAGAGAAAUACAAUAGAUAUGGUAGUUACAUGCCUGCCCGUUAUUAUAUAACUUUGCUUGCAGAGGAUCCAGCUACACCGUCGUCGUCCCUUGUUACUUUCCAGACUGACCUUAGCGAAAAAAGCUGCAACGCUCUGAAACACUGUUGCGCUGUCGCCAGAAUUAAAGGGACUACGUCUACGGGAAAUAUGCAUGUUUUCCACGAUGAUAUGGAUAAUUUCUACGAUUAUAGGGACUUGCCUGAGUGGCCUUCAUUUGCUGAUGAUGAAAGUCGAUUUUUAUAUGAGUUGCUGGAAUCUGAUUGGGAAGAAAACGACUGGAUUGGCCUAUACUUGCAAGUUGCAGUCGCUACCACGGAUAGGCCAAAUCACUAUCACAAUCCCGACCUGUCCGGUUUGAAGAUUUUGAACGUGGUGGUAGAAACUGAGGAAAAUCUGCCCAAAGAGAAUGUACUCAAGUGUUUUGGAACUGUCCUAGUCUACAUAACUUAUGAUCAGGACUUGGGAGUUGAUAAUGGUGGGGGGGUAUGCAAACGCAGAGCCAUCGUUCGAAGAACUGUGGAUUUGAUAUCUAAAUGCUUUUGUCUCGUUGGCAGGACUCGAUCGCUCCCCUAAGUUUACACAAAAUAUGCUAUUUGUUAUGUGUUUCUUGUUUUCAUAUUUCAACAACCUUUUUUUUUGGUGCACAAACAUGAUUCUGGUCCAUUGCUUAUUUGAGUGAAAAUUAGACUUCGUUUUAGAUUAGAUAAUACAA